AUGGCUAAUACUUGUGGUAAAGCUAAAGGUUUUUUUGGAACAAUACAACGUAUCUAUACAAUUUUUGCAAAUUCCACUAAGAGAUGGCAAAUUUUAAAAGAUAAUGUGAAAGGGUUAACUCCUAAAUCGUUGUCAUCCACUCGUUGGGAGAGUCGUGUUGAUAGUGUUAAAGCUAUAAGAUUUCAAAUUUUUGAUAUACAAAAAGCUUUACUUCAAGUAGCCAAAAAUGAUAAUGAUCCAAAAAUAACAAGUGAAGCUAAAUCCUUAGCAAAAAAUGAACUUGGCAACUUUGAGUUUAUAUUGGCAUUACAAACAAUUGCAAUCAAAGAUAUGCUUAUUGAUGUUGCUAUGGAAAAAAUAAUGGGGUUGAUUUCGUAUUUUAAGGAAUAUAGAGAAAAUGGGUUUUUAAAUGCUUUACAAACCGCAAAAGAUAUUGCCUUAGAAAUGGGGAUCGAUCCAAUAUUUCCUAAAAAACAUGAUAUAACAUUAAAGUCUUGCUGUAUGUCUCUUGAAACUUCACUCAAGAAAGGUGAGCAAUUGGAUAUUGAUGGAAAUGACUUAUAUGUUGAAUUAAAAUUACUUUUACAUCUCUUGCCUAAGGAAAAAUUGACAACAAUUGAUAUUCUAAAUUUUUUAAAACGUGUUGAUUGUUUUCCUAUUACAUCUAUUGCAUAUAGAAUUAUGUUGACUAUUCAUGUUACUGUUGCAUCUGUAGAACGGAGUUUUUCAAAAUUGAAGAUUUUGAAGUCCUACUUAAGAUCUACAAUGACUCAAGAACGACUUAAUGGAUUGGCUUUGAUGACGAUUGAGCGUAACAUGUUGGAUAAAGUUACUUAUGAAGAUGUUAUUGAAAAGUUUAUUUCAACGAAUAUUAGGAGGAUGGUUGUUUUCAAGUAG